AUGUCCGCAGGCUCCCAAAGGAGGCCACAAAAGGCGCAUUACAGGUUCCAAAGAAAUACAUGCUAUUGUAAUCCAAGGUGUUAUGAUUGUAACAGCAGUGAGAUAUACAAUGGCGUACAACGACACAUAAAUUCAUGGGAUAAAAGCGCCCCAAAUUCACCGAAUAAAUCGACCUGCAGAAAUAAGGGAACCUAUUCCAAUGGACCGACUAGUCAGUCUUUUACGCCAUCUCAAUUCCACUCUACCCAAUUGAAAGAAUUAAGCAGAUAUCAUUCUAAUUGCCUACUUGAACAUUCUAGAUUUUUGCAUAAGGGUAGUCACAAAGGGAGAUCCAACAUGUCUUUCUAUUACUCUGAAAAUCCGACACUUUUAUCCAGACCAGAUUAUAACAGAACGAGGGUUCCAUAUCUAUUACAAGACGAUAAAUGCUAUAAUAAAAAGUUUAACAAGUUCAAAAGAAAUGAGAAUUGCCCUCCCCAUGUAAAAUCAACAGCUCACAAAUUGUUGCAGAUGAAAAGAAAUCACGAACGUUCGUCAAAGCGACAACUCAACGCGCCAUCAAGCCUGAUAUACUCGGUAAAAGAAACAAAAAGUCAACGUGAGUUAGAUACUACCAAUUUCUUACCCCGUGAAUUGAACAGUACGGAAGACACGUGUAGCAAACAUACUUCCAAUGUUAGUAUUGCAUCAUCAUCCUCAUCAUCAUCAGAAGCACAUUUACUUAGCAUAACCGAUGAUUAUAUUUUAGAUGUGCAGCCUCACACACACAUUGAUGAUCGGAACGCUACAUCUUUGAAAACAAAUUACGAAUAUGUUAGUGAUCCAUCAUUACUGAGAACUAACAUUAAAAAGUUAUUGGCUGCACCUCGUAUUGUUGGUUUUGAAGCGACCUGUUUCCCACCAACAACUUGUAUUUUUCCACUUGGAAGAGUUGAAACAAAACUGAUGGAAUUGAAGGCCAUGAUGAAAACCAAUCAAGUUGUCCGACCAAAGUACCCACGUAAAAAAACAAUAAAACGCUUAAAGGAUUAUCCAUUCUUCAAGUGCAACGCUCGUGGAACGACUCGCCAAAACGAUGUUUUAAAGGUAAGCAUGAUUCUAAAACUAUUGCAAAAGGACUUUCUCGUCAAGCUUCAACAAAGAGAAAAAGAAACAGAGGGAGCGCGAUCAAAAUGGUUUCAAAUGUGUGAGAGAAAUGAUAAAAUAAGCGAGAAGAUCCGGCAUCGUAUUUACAAACCCCGAGCGGCUAUAUUGCGUGAUACUAAAAUAAACAACUCGAGGUCUUUGCCUUCUCCGACAAAAAUCUCUCGCGCAGACUACGUGGAUGAUGCAGAACUGGAAGAUGUGCUAUUAGAAAUAGACCCUCUUUAA